UUGCCACGGUAACCCACAGAGAGCGGAGAGACCCCAAACGUCUAACGUUAGCUAAGUUGAGCCAUGGCUGCUUCACAAAAAGGCAGAAGGUUUUCGUCAAAGCGUCGAGAAAACAGACACUUAGAGGAGGAAGACAGCAACACAGUGACAAUGUUUGAUGUGUUUCACGGGAAAAAGAGAGAGAAGAUCGUGCUACAGCGGCUGAUAGUGAUUGCUCGGCUCCCCCACCAUCUUGCUGACAGGACACAACUGGGAGCUCAUUAUGAAAAACUCAACUUCCGGUUAAGCAAACAGUAUAUAUGGGAUCAUAUUACGGGCCUGCUGUUAAUUUAUCCAUCCUGUCUGUUGCAUAUCGUUGAAUCAUCCAGGGAGGUUCUGGUUUCUGUUUUGAAAGACCUUAAAGACAUGCAGCAACAGCCAGACUGCACCUUACUGGAAGCUCCCAAGGUUGUGUUCAUGGCACAUAACCCUCAAAACAGGCUGUUCCAACAGUGGAGCUAUAAGGUGCUCGAUGCAGAUCAGGGAGACAUUGGGGCUAAGAGACUUGAGGAAGAGGAAGAGAGCACAGAGACUCUGGUUUGCACUGUCCUGUCAGCACUGCAGAAAAUGAGUGAACACCUUGUAAUAUCUAAGAAGGCUCUUCCUGGGUCAGUGCUGGAUGAGACUCCCGAGCUGAUCGUCUCUCAGGAGGUUCUAGACAAGCUCUUGGCUCGAGAGGAGCUCCAGACUCCACAACAACACCUACAGAUGUACAACUCACCGUUAAACAUCAGCAUGGACUUUGGACAAGUUAUUCGAAGCAGCUUCCUCACCACAGUUUAACUUUUUGGACAAAAAGUCAAAGAAUGUGUUUGGCCUUCACUAAAGCACCUUUGGAUGUGACUGAAGGCUUCCUAGCAGAGAGAAAUCACCGUCAUCCAACCAGACAGUUUUAUACCAACAUUUAAUAUACUGUAGCACCUUUCUGGGUUUUCAUUGUUUUUGUUGUUUUUUCCUGUUUGGUCCCAAUAUGCUUCUUUCUGUUCCAAAUGAUUUUAUAUUUAAAACUUGUUUGAGUGAACUGAAAACACAAAAUCACAGGAAAUCCAAGUAAUAUAAAAACAUUUUUAAUAGUUUCAACAUUCGGAUGAAGUUCAUUUUAUUUUUAUCUUACUGUACACUGUGUUUCACUUGGUGACCGGGAGAUAGCAUUUCCAUGAAAAGGCAUUUCCUCUUUAAUCCAAACUUUAAAGAGUCCUCGUCGUCACCACAGUUUGACUAAAAGAAGAUCUUUUAAGUCUAAAAAGAUUCCUUGAUCACUUAUGUGUUCCCUUUUUAUUUUGGCCCCCAUUCCUUGGAACUUAAACUUUAGCAACAAAACAAAACAAAAAAACAAAAACAAAGAUGAUAUUGAUUAAGAUUAAGAUGAUACUUGCAAUGGCUGCAUGCACCACAGUGUAAUCUACAAACUGUACGGGUAAAAACAGACCUGUAUGCAGCACAUUUUUUCUUGCUUGCUGUAUAAUUUCAGUGUAAAGUCAUAGGAGCCUUUCAAGAGAUCUAAAAGCGCAGUAUUCUGGGCGCAAACAGUCUUCUCUCCCAUCAUGUUAGCUGAAGAUUUUUGAUUCCCGGACACUGGCCGGAUGUGCUUUCCUUAUUUGCUAUAGUUAAAAAGGGUGGAACGAACUGUGUGAAUGGAACACAGACAGUGAAAACAAACUGUAAAUCAUGACUGUUUCAAACAAACUGUUGGCAGAAUCGAUGGAGAGUUUGACUAAAAAAGGUCAAGGGCAGCACUGAACUAUUCUUCUAUAAAGAUCGAUCUAUUCACUUAUAAAAAAUAAAUACAAGCACAUUUAUAUAGGACCAAAGAUGAGACAUAUUUCAUAGGCAUGGGUAAAAAGCAUGCUGCUGAGUUUCACACAGGACAAUGUCAAAUCAAACACCCCCCUCCCCCCAACUUGAUCAUAACAUAAAUACCCCACCACUGUCUUUUACUUGAAUCUAUGUCCACAACACACACAAUCUGCCUUUAUCACGACCUAUGAGGUGCACAUCGUCUAUCACCAGUACAUUCCACCUAUUCAUGUAAAAAAAAAGGCCUUCGUAUUUUAGUGCUCAAAGGGCAUGCUUGCAAAAGCUGUAAUACUAGAAACUGUCUCUGUAAUCUCUCGCCCGCUGUCUCUGCUCGACAGGGUUAUUGUUAAUAAAGUUGUGUUUGAUGAA